CAAUUGUUUAGAAUUGUUCAAAUAUAAAAAUAAGACGAUGUGGUUUCAUUGCUAAUGACACAACUCUCCAUCAGAGACCAAAUGUCGUAGAAAUUAACAACUAUCGGUCAAAGUUAAUUAAUUUCAGAAUCCAAUACAAUUGCUAAUUGUUGAUUGUUUAUAUUGUAGAAUGGCUUCUGUCAUAGGCAAAGAAGAGUCAAACUACAUCAAAAUAGCUCUUUUAUUGCUGCGGAUAUCACCCCGUGCUGUUCGUGUUCAGUUUGAUAGAGAAUUUCAUCCUGACAUGCUUGUCAACACUCUAAAAUCUGAAUAUGGAAAGCUCAAAGAUCUAUACAGAAAAAAUAGGAUAAACCAAAGCCAGUGGGAUUUAUUAUUUCCGAAAAAAGGGAAACCAAUAUCAAUUGACUUCGAUAUUAGCUUGAUGAUCCUGUUGCUGCGAAAUCUUGCAGGUGUUUGUGUCGGAGAUUGUCUGCCGUUUUCAACAAACGUCAAUCUAGCUGCCGAUUUGUCAAGAAUCAAAUAUUAUAGAAACACAAUUGCACACUUAGAUAAAGUAAUAACAGACAUGGAAUUUAAUGUUAUGUGGGAAGAUAUUUACAUGGCGGUACAACGACUUGGUGGACCUGGUUUUAAAGCCAACUGUGAUUUACUAAGGACAGCAGAAUUUGAUUCAACAAAGGAAUAUGAAAAUCUGCAAUUCAUAAAAACUGAAAACAGACUUACUAUAAUGGAAGACAAUAUGACUCAACUUAUGAAAAAGAUAUUUGUGUUAGAGUUGGAACGUGAUAUUCCAAAGGAUAUUCACAAGAAAUAUGCUGAGGAAUAUGUUUACUGGGUUCAAGAUGCAAAAACCUUUCAUCAAACUGUUGCAUCUGCGUCAGUAACAGAUAUCAUAUUAAAUAAAAGUGACUUUGUGGUCAUUACUGGUGGACCUGGCACUGGUAAAACGGCACUGGCUCGUUAUAUUUCACUAACACUUCAUAGACAAAGCUGGUCAAUUGUUCCAAUAAAUAGUACGGAAGACAUUUUUGAAUUCCUUACUCAGAUUAAUAGUGCUCGACAAAAAUACGUUUUAUUCAUAGAUGAUCUUCUUGGUAGACAAGCGGUAUGCAAAGCAAAAGCACGACAAUGGGUUCAAUUGUACCGAGAUAGUCUCAUAGUAGGAUCAAUCCGAAUUAUUGCAACGUGCAGAUUGCAGAUCAGCGACUCUCCUGAAUUCACUUCAUUACGAAAUAUGUUUCAAUUCACUGUAUGCAAUAUUUCAGAAGAUUUCAGAAACAGCAUAUCGGAAAUGCACGAAAUUGCCUUAUGUUACAUGGACACGCAAACAGCAGAAUUAUUAUUUGAGAAAAACAUUCAUGAAAAUGACAACUUUUACACUCUGUGUUUUCUUAACUCAAAAUUAAAUGAUUCAAUAGAUUUAAACUUUUUUGUAAAUGCUUCUCAUACAAUUGAGGAGAAGCUGAAUGACAUGUUUGAACUUAAUAAACCCUGCUUUUUACAAAUUGCACUUCAUUUUUUCUUUGAUGGAAGACUAAGGAUACAACGUUUUGAAGACAAUGAUGAGCGUAUAUGCGAAUUAUUAAAUUUCGUCCGCGAAGAAUUAAAUCUGAGCUUUAUAGAAAAUUCACAAAUACUGCAAGAUAUAUACCCUUUUAAUGAACGAUACUUGAAAGACAAUAUAUAUAAAUUGUCUAUUAUACAUCCAGAACUCGUUGACAUUUUCUCAGUAUAUUUCUAUAAGAAAAUUCCAAAGUCUAUGCUUAAAUACGGAAGUGAUUAUUUUCUGCAGAUGAAAAUACAGCUGGAGACACCAGAUAAUCCGGUGAUCCCUGGUACCAUUAUGAUUGAAAAAUGCCUCGAAGACAUGUUUUUUGAUCGACUUAUAAAUGACAUAGAAAAUAAGAAAUUUGUUAAUGCGUUUGAUAACAUUCAGGUAGCAAAUAAUUUAUAUCAAGAAAAGCUUAUUGCACAUCUGUCAAAAUCUAGUGAGCCACUAGACCUCGUGUUGUCCGAUUUUGAACUAUUACUACGUUCGGUUUUAAAUGGUGCAAGCAAUUUAGUAAACUUUAUCAUUGCGGAAUGCAAGAAUCGGCAUUAUUUGAUUGAAGGCGACAAAAACGAAUUUUUUAUUCAUUUUGACGAACGAGCCUUAUUGAAUUUAUAUCCGCAUAUACAAGAGGAGAGCCUUCUACUGGUUGCGUGUUUGAAAGGUCAUAUUGAUGUAGCUAAAGUGCUUAUAAAUUUAGGAUUUAAUAAAGAUUACCAAGAUAAUUUUGAAAGGACGCCAUUACAAAUGGCUUGCCUUCAUGGUCAUAUUGAUGUUGCAAAAUUUCUAUUACUUUGUAAUUGCGACGUUAACUUGUGUAAUAGUGACGGCGAAACAGCUUUACAUCACGCAUGUUUUUGGGGUUAUACUGAUAUCGUCGACAUUUUUCUGCAAACCUUUAGAAAUGAUACAGCAGACUGUUUGAAACCUGAUUAUAACAUGCGUAACACAAAUAUGAAAACACCUCUGUUUUUGGCGUGUGAAAGGGGGCAUUUAGAUAUCGUUGAGCGUUUUGCAACUCUGGAAUCUACAUCUCCUAUUCCAGUACCGAAUCCGUUUGACAUAAGCAUAACUGACCAAUAUGAACGUACAAUGCUACAUGUUGCUUGUAAAAACGAAUAUUCAGGAAUUGUUGCUAUUUUACUUGAAAAGAAUGUUGUUGUCAAUGAGUACGAUACGAAGGGUCGGACAGCUUUAUUCUAUGCAUGCAAAAAGGGAUAUACUGAAAUAGUGAGGCUUUUAAUGGCGAAAGAUAAAUGUGUAAAUGUUCAAGACAAUUUAGGCCAGACACCACUUCAUAUUGCCUGCGAUCGUCGUCAUGGAAAUAUUGUUUUGCUAUUGCUGGAAUGUAAAUGUAAAUUGAAUACUGAAGACAAAAACGGUAAAAUCCCAUUGCAUUUAGCUGUACAAAAUAACAGUACGGACAUAAUUGAUAUGCUAAUGCAGUCACAAAAUAAAUAUGCUAGUCUCGAUAGUCAAAAUGAAUCCACAACAUUAUAUAAACGAAAUACCAACAGCACCGAGUAUGCAUGUGAUAAUAAUGCACAGGACAAAAAGGGACAGACGGCAUUACAUAUUGCUUGUAGCGAAGGCUAUGUAGAUUGUGUUAAAACUUUGUUGAAUUACAAGUGCGGUAUAAAUAUAUGCGACAAGGAGGACAAAACUGCUUUGAUAUAUGCAUGUGAAAACCAAGAGGAAAAUGUAGUAGAUCUUCUGAUUAAUUAUAAUGCAGAUGUUAAUAUAUCCGACAAGAAUGGUCUAUCCCCUUUGCAUAUCGUCGUCCAAAAAGAAAACAUGAACAUUUUAAAAACUAUACUGGAAUGUAACCAAUGUCAAGUGAAUUCUAUGUGCGAAGAUGCCUUCUGCGGUUUUCGUUCAGCUCUUCAUAUUGCUAUUGACAAACGAAAUGCUCCAAUUGUUAAGAUGUUACUUAAUUCAAGUUGUGACGUAAAUCAACGUGGUCUCAAAUUGCAAACACCUUUAAUGUACGCGUGUGCAAGUUCGGACGUUUCAGACAUUAAAAAACUUUUACUGAACGCAAAUUGUGAUGUAAAUAUUCCUGAUGAAGACGGUCAAUCUCCAUUACAUAUUGCAUGUAAAGACAGUAAUAUUCAAUUGAUAAAAAUGAUAUUAACAAAAUGUCAAGAUAUAAAUGCUACCGACAAUUUCGGUCGAAAUGCACUUCAUUAUGCGUCUGAAUACAGUUAUACAAAUACGAUUGAUCUCUUAUUAAGAGCACACUGUAAUAUAAACAAAAGAGAUUCCAACAAUGAAACACCAAUAUUCUAUGCGUUUAGAAAUAAUAACACAAAAAGUAACAUUCAAACCUUGAUAAAAAAUCACUGUGAUAUAAACGUUACAAAUAAAAAUGGCAUGACUUUAUUGCACAUCGCUUGUCAUAAAGAUGAAUUACUUCUUGUCAGAACAUUAAUAAGAAAUGGCUGUAACGUAAAUAUAACUGAUAAAUUAGGUAGAACAGCCCUUCAUAUAGCUUGCGAAUAUAGCAAUGAAGAUUCCAUUGAACUGCUGAUUAACGUGUGUGAUGUUAAUGUGAAAAAUAAGAAGGGACAGACAUCACUUCAUAUCGCUUGUCACAGACGGAAUUCGGAAAUCGUAAAUCUCAUUUUACAACAUGCAUGCGAUGUAAACAUUCAAGAUAAAACAGGAACCACUGCACUGCAUAUAGCAGUAAAGGGAAGGGAAAUUUCGAUAAUAGAGACCAUACUGAUGGCAAAAUGUGAUGUUAAUAUACGCGACGAAAUGGGUCAAACGCCAUUAUUCUAUGCUGUAGAGGACUGUCAAAUUAAUAUAGUGAAACUAUUGUUGAAACAUAACUGUGACGUGACUGUAAUAAAUGACGAUGAUAACAAUGUUAUGCAAAUCGCUUCUAGAAAAGGGUAUACUGAUAUUGUAAAUAUGUUAUCUUUGUAACAUAGUUAAUGCAUUUACGUUCAAAGGUCGUGUGUACUCUUAAACUUCAUCUUGUGUAAAUUUGGUUAAAUGUAGCAGUGUAGGCAAAGCCACUUACAAUUCAUUGUUUAUUGUUUAUACUUUCCUUUAAUAUAAUAUAAAGCGGCGCCUGUAUUUGGAGCAUGAUGGUCUAGAAAUUAUGUGGUUUGAGUUAACAACAAAAUUGCACGUGAUUAACGUAACUUAUCGAUCUGAGCGCUUUUCAUCGUAUAUUUAAUGGUCACUAUAUGAUAUGAUGUUCAAAAGGGCAUUAGACGAAACUAAUCAUAUUAUUUGUUUGGGUGAUCUGAAUAAAAAUUUCUUACUAAGUCUCCAUAACUGUAUUAGUGAUAUACUAAGUGUUAAUGAUCUAUUUAAUACAAUUAACGAUUCACGAACUGGUUCGUUGUCAUUAUUAAACCAAAUAUUAAUAACUGAUUCUAUUCAGUUUAUUGACGCGGGUAUUAUACCUAUCAUUAGAGAGAUAAGUGAUCACGAAGGCACUAACAUUACAGUCAGAAGCGGGUUUAGUAACUGAAAGAGUUUCAAACGUACAAUAUGGGACUAUAGAUGAGGGGAUCAUAAUUUAAUGAAACAGAUGAUUUCAGAUGUCGAAUAAAAUAAAUUAUUUGAUAAUGAUAUUAACGUCCAUGAAUCUUGCAAUAUAUGUACGCAUGAGUUUUUAAAAGUGAGUGAAUCUUACAUUCCAAAAAAAGAAGUAAUUGUUCGAUCUAAUGAUAAAAUCUUAUUUAAUUCAAAUCUAAGAAAUGAGAAAACGAGACAGAUUUCGAAAAAUAUCUAAAAAAAAUAAACGAAAGGAAAUCUAAAAACUAAACAAAUCGAGUGAAUAAUUUAAAGAAACAAAUAAAAGAAAACUUUUAUGAAAAUAUAAAUGAAAACUUAAAUGAAUUUAAGCAGACAAAUAGUAGAGCAUAUUGGAAAAUUAUCAACUCUUUCUUAAAAGAAGACAGAUCUUCUAAUUAAACUCAUCAUAGAUAAUGAUAUUCCGCUGUUGCAAAACCCUAGUAAUAAUUUAGAAUUUUCUUAUAACGCAAAAGAAAAAGUUUAUAUUCUAAAUAGAUAUUUUUGUUCUAUAGCUAGCUUAGAAGAAAAAACCUAAAACUUGCCUGACUUCGAUGAUAGAGGUAAUAACGUUUUGUCAGAAAUAACUAUAACUGAAGAAGAAGUUAAAGAUAUUAUUUCUACUUAAGAUCCAAAAAUAACUUUUGGGCCAGACAAAAUCAGUGAUAGAAUGUUGAUUACAGUGAAAAGUCUAUGCCGUCAAUUUAUAGACCAGUUUCACUUUUGUCUUAAGUGCGCAAGGUACUAGAAAAAUAAUAUUUAUAUAUAUUAUAUGAUCAAUCAUUUAGUUUCUAAUACACUUUUGUAUAAAUUUCAGUCAGGUUUCAUACCCGGUUGCUCUACUUUUCAUCAACUAAUUGAGAUGUACAAUUCUAUCUUUUAUGCUUUAGACAAUAAAUUUUAAACAGGUUUAA